ACGGGGCUGAUUACGCAUACCUUUUUCAUGAACGCGCUGACAAACGGAAUAGUAAUGGGCAACCAGUCGCCGGGGCUAAGUAUAGAGUCGACUGAGGAUGGCUCGAUCGUUCGCCAGCUUCGACGAGUACACGUUCCUCAACAGAUGGGGCCUCACCUUCCUGGGCAUAUGGAAGAGCGACGCGGAGGCUCGCGGGGGUCCGCUCCGGAGGUUCUUGCACAGGCUCCACGUGACUAUCCUGUUCACCCUUCUGAUGCUGCUGCUGCUGCCGCAGUGGAUGGACAUGUACGUCCUCUGGGGUAACAUCGACGCCAACGCGGAGACUUUCGUGCUCAACGUCUUCACCAUCACGGCUCUGCUGAAGCUGUGGUGCUUCCUCUCGGCUCGGCAGAUUUUUGAGGUACCUGAAAACGCGCGAGCAGCCACUGAAGCGAGGGUGUACUUUUUAAAGUUCGAAAUAAAGCAAGUUAUAGACACGAUGAAGGAGAACUGGAGAAGAACGAUGAGCGGCGACGAGCCGGGACGGAAAACACACAGAGAGAUCCUCCUGGACAUGGCCGGCAAAGCUCGGGAUUACACGAAACGCUACGGGUUGCUGAUGUACUCGACGGCUACCAUGUAUUUCGUCUCGCCGUUCGUAGGGAUGCAGCGGGAUAACGUUCGAAUUCGAAAGUACCCCUUUUUCGGCUGGUACUAUUUCGAUAGGUUUUCCAAUCUGUACUACGGAAUUUGCUACGCUUCUCAGGUGAUUAUCGGCAUCGUCGUAGGCACAUCCAACUACGCUAUGGACAGUAUAUUCCUCGUCGCGAUCUACCACACCUGCGCGCGACUGCAAAUGCUCCAACACGAUCUGAAGAAAAUCGGUGAGGAUCGGGAGAACCGAUCGCCCGAGGAGAUCGUCCAGCUCAUACGUCUACAUCAACGGGAAAUUCGGGACGCGAAAAGGCUCACCAAGAUCUUCAACGGGUCAAGCUUGCAGCAGUUGCUGGUCAGCUGUGUCAUCAUCUGCAUCAUCGGAUUCAAGCUGAUCAUAGCGUUGAACGACGGCGGCUUCGAGUUCCUGGUCUACGUCGCCUUCAUGUUCGUCGCACUUCUUCAGAUCUUCCUCUACUGCCGACCCGGCGAUGAGCUGAUCGUUCAAAGUACGGCAGUCGGUUACGCAGCUUACCAGUCGCACUGGACUUCACUGGAGGCCGAGUCGAUUCGCAAAAUAAUGUUCAUGAUUCUGCGGUCUCAGACGUCGCUCAAAAUGACAGCUGGAAAUUUUUACGUACUGUCCUUGCCCAAUUUCACAAUGAUCCUGAGGAUGUCCAUGUCAUUCCUGUCGCUUCUUCGCGCCAUGUACAGAAAAAGCGACGGUUUCGGUUGAUGUAACGUUGAUGUGUAAAAUAGUGCACGUCUCACUUGGCAAUCCUAUUUAUGCGUGGAUAACCUUUAUUUUUGCAUACGCAGCUUAUAUUAAUAAUAAAAAUAUUUAUCUCGCUUACCGUAAUAACCUCGUUUAA